AUGACCCUCCUCACAGCCCUCGGCCUCAGUCGCAAAAACGACUGGGAGCCCCCAACACUGCUCGAUUCCCUGCUCAUCUCACCUCUGCACCUCAUCGUCACGAUAAUCUACAGAAUCGCCCUCUUCCUCCGCGGCCGACCGUUCAUCCCACCCCGCGACAAGCCCGUCAUCCGCAUCGUCUGUAUCUCCGACACCCACGACCACACCAACGUCGCCAUCCCUAACGGAGACCUCCUUAUCCACGCCGGCGACCUCACCAACGCGGGGACCGCCGACGACAUCCAGGCCCAGAUCGAUUGGCUCGCCGCCCAGCCCCACCAGCACAAGAUCCUCGUCUGCGGUAACCAUGACAGCUACUUCGACCCCAGCGCCCGCCUAACCCAAGACCGCGGCAGGACCCUCGAUUUCAAGGGCAUCCGCUACCUCGUCCGCGAUGCUGUGACGCUGGAGUUCAAGGGCGGGCGCCGUCUCAAGAUCUACGGCGCCCCCGACAUCCCGGCGUGCGGCGGCUCCGAGAUGGCCUUCCAGUAUGACCGCGCAUCGCCGCCCUGGACGAAUACCGUCCCGAUCGACACGGACAUCUUGAUCACUCACGCUCCACCCAAAAACCACUUGGACCUGGGCCUGGGUUGCCCCGGCCUCCUCAAAGAGGUCUGGCGAGUGCGCCCGAAGCUGCACGUCUUCGGCCACGUGCACUGGGGCCACGGCCGCGAGGCCGUCCACUUUGACGAGUGUCAGCGCGCCUACGAGGCCCUCUUGUCCAAGCGCCCUCGCGGCCUCAUCCGUGACUUCUUUCCGCACUCGGGCUGGAGAGAAGCUCUCCGCGUGCUGGGCUACGCCGUGCACGGCGUUGUGUGGAAGUGGGUAAUGGUUGGGCCCGGCGGCAACACCGGCGGUCUCAUGGUGAAUGCCGCCCAGAUGCGCGGAAACACGGGACGGUUAGGGAACCCCGUCGAGGUGGUGGAUCUGUGA